GUGAGAAAUAUCCCCAAUUAAAAUGGGAAACCCACCAUUGUCAUCAGUUGGUUCAUAUCCCCCAAUACCGAUGGGAAGCACACCAUUGUUAUCACUUGGCUCAACCGGAAAAAGAAUUCCCCAAUUAGGCUAUGGAACUGCCGAUUUCCCGUUCGGAGCCAAUUCAGAGACGAUGAGAGAUUCUCUUCUUCAUGCAAUCAAAAUCGGGUACAGACAUUUCGACACCGCAGCUAAUUAUCAAUCAGAGCAGCCCCUCGGCGAAGCAAUAGCAGAAGCUCUACGCCUCGGCUUCAUCCAAUCCCGCGACGAGCUCUUCAUUACUUCAAAGCUCUGGUGCAGUGACGCGCACCCCAAUCUUGUCCUCCCAGCACUUCGCAAAUCACUUGGGAGUAUUGGAGUGGACUACCUUGAUCUGUACCUAAUUCACUUUCCUGUGAGUAUGAAGCCAGGACCAUUUGAGUUUCCUUUGAAGGACACUCUUCCAAUGGACUUCAAGGCUGUUUGGGAAGACAUGGAGGAGUGUCAAAGGAUUGGAUUAACAAAAUCUAUUGGAGUUAGCAAUUUCUCUUGCAAGAAGCUUGAAAACUUGCUUGCCACAGCCAAGAUUCCUCCAGCAGUGAAUCAAGUAGAGAUGAAUCCAAUGUGGCAACAAAAGAAGCUGAGGGAGUUAUGUGACAGGAAGAAUAUACUUAUUGUUGCUUAUUCUCCUUUGGGAGCCAAAGGAACACCAUGGCAAGGACAUCUCGUGACUGAAAGUGAGGUUCUUAAAGGGAUUGCUGCUGCAAAUGGGAAAAGUGCUGCACAGGUAUGUCUAAGAUGGUUGUGCGAGCAAGGAGUGGGUGUGAUCGUAAAGAGCUUCAACAAAGAAAGAAUUAAAGAAAACUUUGAUAUAUUUAGUUGGGAGUUGAAGCAAGAAGAUGUGUACAAGAUAAGUCAAAUUCCACAGCACAGAGGAUACCUCGCACAAGGUUUCAUCUCAGACGACGCCCCUUACAAGUCUGUUGAGGAGUUCUGGGAUGGUGAGAUUUGAUUGGUCAAUCUCUGCAGUUCAUUGAUUGUUGUAUUCAAGUUAUCAAAGGAUCAAAUAAUGUUGUGAUUUUGUCUUUUAGUCUCAAAGAAUCUAAGAAUAUAAUAUUUUGGUAUGUGUACCAUAAUAAACCUACAAACGGGAUCUUGUUGAUUUGCUUU